AUGCUGGUUACCUACUUGGAAGCCAGCCGGGACCUUUGCGAGACGGACUCAAUUAUUUUUGGCGCCGCACUGGCAGUCUGCCGUAUUAUAGGCGCCAAACUUUCCACGGCUGGACGCGCUACUGGACAAAGUAGUGCUAUCCCAGCCUGGAGAAUAAGAAUUGAAGAACGUAUCGCAAGGGCUAGGGCCCUCAUCGGCAGACUGAUAUGCUUCAGGUCAGGCAAUACCAGGCCAAGGAUUGUGCGCACCGUCAGGAUGGCGUUUGCUGGGACAAAUGUUAGUUUGUCCCAGCCGGAUAUAACGCAAAAACUGACGGAGCGCAUAGACGACCUGAAGCAAAGAAUCGCUGCUUGCGGAAAGCGGAUUCGGCAAUAUACCGAGAGGUCGACACGGUUCAACCAGAAUCGUCUCUUCCAGAGUGAUCAGGAGAGGCUCUACAAAUCAUUGGAGUGA